UUUCUCUAGAACAUAGUCUUGGAUUGCCUAUAAGGCUGAGAAGUUAAGAGACUUUCCCAGAAUCUUAUGGCUGGUAUGCAUAAGAGAAAUGUCAAAAGAUCUAGACGAAGGUCCCCGGCAUCUUGAAUAGAACCCCUUAAGGGUUUAUGGCAUGACGUUGUCAGGAGUGGCGCAGAAGGAGAAGAUGAUGGAUGCAUUUUGAGCUGCGCUGUUGAAGAGAGUGCCUUCAGUGAGAGCCCAAUCUAAUCAAAAUAUUGGAUGGAACUGGUAGAAUCCUUAGGAAGAGACCUGCUCUUCUUAUUUAUCGUAGUUGUGAUUGGGUGGAUCUUUAAAAGUGAAGGCCCCAGCAAAAAAACAGACGAUGAAUCUAAAACCAAGCCGGAAUACCAGCCAUGGGUAGAUGAAGACUUAAAAGACCACACAGAUGACCACCAAACAGAAGAUGUAGAUGAUUUCCACGAAUCAGAAGAAAACCUUGAACACAUCCCAUUCUCCAGCCCACGCUUUCCUGAGCAUGAAAUGAUUAAGAGGUCUCAGGCAUUUUAUGAGCUUCUCAAUCAGAGGCGGUCUGUCAGGUUCAUAAGUGAUGAGCCCGUCCCACGGCAGGUUAUUGACAAUGUCAUCAGAACAGCAGGAACAGCACCAAGUGGGGCACACACAGAGCCUUGGUCCUUCGUAGUUGUGCAAGAUGAAGAAGUGAAACACAAGAUUCGAGUGAUCAUUGAGGAUGAAGAGGAAAUAAAUUACAAGAAAAGAAUGGGAGACAGAUGGGUUAAUGACCUAAAGAAACUAAGAACCAACUGGAUCAAAGAAUACCUGGAUACAGCCCCUUUUCUGAUUCUCAUUUUCAAAAAAAUCUAUGGCAUAACCUCGAGUGGCAGAAAAAAGACUCAUUACUACAAUGAGAUCAGUGUUUCCAUUGCUUGUGGCAUCCUCCUUGCUGCCUUGCAGAACGCAGGCCUUGUGACUGUCACGACUACUCCUCUGAACUGCGGGCCUCGCCUGAGGACACUGCUGGACCGCCCUGUCAAUGAAAAGUUGCUGAUGCUCCUCCCUGUUGGGUAUCCCAGGAAAGAUGCCACAGUUCCCAACUUAAAGCGAAAACCCCUGGAGGAGAUUAUGGUGGUCGUGUAGACUGGAAGCUUCUCCCUUGCCUCCCUGUCUUUCCUGUUCUUUCCUUCCUCCCUUUUCUCUAAGCUCAGCAGCCACUCGCUGUAGAUGUUGAUAGACCUCUGUAGCACUCCAUUUCUCAGGCGUGACAGCCACAAAGCUUAAUAAAUGACUCUAACCUCCCCAGCACUUGGGAUCUGAUGAUUCCUGAGGCAGCGGACAGUCUGAUGAGGUGAACAGACAACAUUCCACUUAAGCAGCCGUUUGCUGUCACAUUUCCCAACCCUGCAUCAGAAUGGAAUUCAAGUCUGCCUUAAGUUUCCCUGUUUAUUUUAUGAAAUCAUCAGUAGUUUUGUUGGCUAGAGAGAAAGCAAUGAAUUACCAGAUAAUUCGAUGAGUUUCUAGGAAAUUUAACUUUCAAACUGAAAUAAAUUCAGACUAGUCACGCAGCCUUUCCCCUUAGAUUCCCAUAGCUUUUAUUUAAGUGGAUGCUUUUCUUUUCUUUUCUUUUUUGCCACACACCAUUCAGAGCUUUGCUAUCAUUAAAUGGUACCUCUGGGAUGCACAGUUUUUAAUGUGCUCUAUGGAGUCGGUGGCACUUUUCAUCCAUUCUUUUCUUGAUGGCCGCCCACAAAAAUAGGACACGGGUACUCGGUGAGGUAGAAAUAGCUAUUUCACAAGUAAUAAUAGCUAAUAGCUAACAUUUAUAUAGCACUUAGUAUGUGCCAGACACUGUGCCAAAUGAUCUACAACUGUUAUUUCGUUUGAUCGAUGACGAACCUGGAUCAGGCCUAAGAUCAUAGAUUUAGAGCUAGAAAGGGCUUCAGAGGUCUUCUAGCUCAACCCCUUUAUUUUACAAAUACAGAA